AUGACCUUUUUGCUGCGGUUCACGCAGAUAAACCGAGUUAAUCAACAGGCACUCAAAUUCCAGAACCCCCUGCGCAACGGGACCGCAGAUCCAUCCAUGGUAUGGGCGGAUGGCCAAUAUCAUCUAACCUACACGUCUGGUGGGAAACACAUCGAAAUCACCCGGGCUUCAAACCUGAGGGACUUGGCGCAGGGAGAACCAAAAGUCGUUUGGGAGGACAGCAAUUCCACGAGGAGCGCAGAUAUUUGGGCGCCGGAGAUCCAUCAAAUCGACGACGUUUGGCACAUCUUCUAUUCAAGCCGUGAUGCCAACGUUAUCGGAAGCUACAGGACGAGAGUUCUUCGUGGCUGCAACGGCACCAACCCGACUGAUUGCGAGUACACGUUUGGCGCCGACUUGGUACCCCCCGUGGGUAAAAGAGGUGGCCCCGAUGGGAAGAACGCGUACAGUAUUGACGGCACAUACAUGGAAAUCCCGGGCAAGGGUCGGUACCAUGUGCUGAGUAUGCGUGACGAGAACAACGUACAGUCACUUGGCAUUACAACUUUGAACACCACGACCUGGAAGGUGGAUCAGUGGCACGUUAUAUCCCGCCCUGACUAUGAGUGGGAGAAGUACAUGGGAAAGGGAGCCGGCGCGCAGGCCCUCGCUGUCGGCGCUGGGUUGAACGAAGGUCCUUACGCUUUAUACAACGGCGAUGAUGUCUGGCUAUCCUACUCCGCUUCGAGCUGCGACACGCCUCAAUAUGCACUCGGUUUACUCUAUUAUAAUGGAGGCGACCCGCUCCAAGAAGCUUCGUGGAACAAAACCGGGCCAGUCUUCCAAUCAGCGAAUGGAAACUUCGGGACUGCACAUAAUUCUUUCUUCAAAUCACCCGACGGGACGCAGACAUGGAACCUAUUCCAUGCCACAUCAAACUCUAAAGGAGGUUGUGGGAUAGAUCGAUAUACAAUGACACAACUGUUGACGUUUGACGAAGGCGGGACUCCAAACCUUGGACAGCCACAACGCCUCCAUACCGACAUUACUCCACCAAGCGGCGAGAGCUGGAUUUAA